UAAAUGAUUUAGAACAGUCAUGUUUUGUUAUACUAAAAUGACUGUCUUGAACUUUUAUGAAGUUCUAAUGUUAAUCGGAUAUUUUUACUUGUAUGUAAACGCUGUAACGGAUAAUAGUAACUGUCAGUGCAACAAAUUGAAUCGACAAUUACUUUUUAGUCCCCGAGAAAGAUAUUGCAUUGUGAAUAAUAUUAAAUUCAAUACAAAUAGCGUGACAGGGGAGAAAAUAAAAAAAAUGGUUAAAAUUAACGCCGGUACAUAUUUCAUAGGAACGGACAAUCCAGUUUUUGUAGCCGAUGGAGAAGGACCAAAACGCGAAGUAGUAUUAGAUAAUUUUUUUAUAGACAAAUUUGAAGUGAGUAAUAAGGAAUUUAUGACGUUUGUAAAUGCUACUGGUUAUAUUACCGAAGCAGAAAACUUUGGGGAUUCUUUUGUCUUUGAGGGCCUCUUAACACAAACUACAAAAGACAAAGUCACUAAAGUAGUUUCUCAAGCUCCUUGGUGGUUACUUGUGAAGCAAACCUCAUGGCAACAUCCAGAAGGUCCCAACUCGAAUAUUACUUUCAGAAUGGAACAUCCUGUUAUUCAUGUUUCCUGGAACGAUGCAGUUGCCUAUUGCAAUUGGAUGGGAAAGAGAUUGCCAACUGAAGCAGAAUGGGAAGUUGCAUGUCGUGGUGAACUCUCUGAUAGACUUUAUCCUUGGGGAAAUAAACUAAUGCCAAAGAAUCAACAUAAAGCCAAUAUUUGGCAAGGCAAUUUUCCUACAGAGAAUACUGAAGAAGACGGAUACAAAGGCACAUCACCAGUUACAAUGUUUUCGCAGAAUAGGUAUGGUUUGCAUAAUAUUAUUGGAAAUGUUUGGGAAUGGACAGCGGAUUGGUGGAUAACAAAGCACUCAAGUAAUCGAUUAAUAAAUCCAAUUGGUCCUUCUAAUGGUAGCGAUAAAGUGAAGAAAGGUGGUUCAUACCUAUGUCACAAAACAUAUUGCUACAGAUACAGAUGUGCCGCGCGUAGUCAAAACACACCUGAUACAUCAGCUGGAAAUUUAGGUUUUAGAUGUGCUGUAUCAGCAUAGUUUCAGCUUUUAACGCAUAAACUUCUAUACCAAGCCUUGCCGAAGUAACGUUUUAAUAUUUUGCGACAAAAAUAUUUUACUUGAAAAAUCUUUUGCUCUUUAUUAUUAACAACGAAGCCGCCAGUUAUCUUGCAACGAUCGACGCUACAUUCGCCAUUGUUGGGAGGCUCGGAUCAUUCAAUGACGCGUGACAAUCAGCUUGCGCGCACAUCAAAUGAUUUAUAGGAAUACGUUUCUAAAAGUAUGAAUAGUGAAGCAAGAGGUUCUUACAAGUCCUACUUGAGAAAUGCCACAAUCAAUACUCCGUUCUAGAGCAAUGGCAGAAAUUGGUCCUAACGUA